UUCGUGGCUCUGGCGAGAGUAUCCGAAUGUACUGGCAGCCAUUUUUAAACUGCUCACCUGCAACAAGAGUAGAGAGACGAGAAGAGAGACAUGGACGUUAAUAUAAAUUUUCAAUGGAUAUUUACGUAAAAUAAUAAUAGUAAUAAUAAUAACUAAUGGAUUUUAUUUAACAUUUUAUUUUAUAUAUUUAUAAAUAUUGUGGGUGAUUUUAUUUAAAGGUGAUUCGAUUAGAAAUUUAUAUUAAAAAAAUAUAUAUGUAUAUAUAGAUAGAUAUACAUAUAUAUAUACAUAUAAAAAGUUGUGAUUGAGAAGGAAAGACAACACGGAUUUAUGAGAAAAGUGAGAUAGAAGAGGGUUAACAACUGGAAGUGAGAAAAGGAGGAUAUAACGAAGAAAUUAAAGUGAGAAGUUGGUCUGGGCUAAAUAACUAGCAAAGGGGCCCUGUGGAUUUAAACUACAGUCGAAAUGGUGGACUGUCAACAUCAAGGAAUAAUGAUAAAAUGUUGUUAAUUAAUAGUGGUAAAUUAUUUAAAUGUACGAAUAGACUUUGACUAACAGCUUUGGGGCAUUAAUUAAUUUUAUUAUUAUUAUUUAAUAUUUUUGUUGUUUAUUUUAAAUUAAUUUUAACGAUAUUUAUUUUUAUGUUGUGAUAUUAAAUAAUUAUCGUGAUUAUAUUAUAUUAUAAUAAUAAUAAUAAUAAUAGGAAUAAUAAACGUCGUGGUUGAUAUCGUCGUCAUCGUGGUUGUUGUCGUUGUGAUCGUAAUCGUCAUAACCAUUGACGUCUUAAAAAUAAAAUAGUUAAGACGUAAAGAUGUCAGUUUCAAUAAUAAUAUAUAUAAGAGAGAGUAUGCAUAGUACAGAGAUAGAGACUGAGAAAUGUUAAGUUCCGUCAAUAAUGGGAGAUAAUGUGCACAGAAAAUCGCACAAACAGUCGGAAAAUAUUAAUAAUAAAAAACAAAUUAACGCAAUUAAUCGUACGACAACGGAGACUAUGAGACUUGGUGAGCCAGACAGAACACACCCGGCGUUGGGUCUGUCUGUGCCUAGCAACAUCACGCCGAGUAAUCAGUGUAAGAAAAAAACAUCGUCAUUUCAAAUAACAAGCGUCACUGUUGGCAGCCGUAUGAGUAAUGACGCCGGUGAAGAUUCAAAUGAUGAUCUUGAUGAGUCACACGGUGAAGAUACAUCUAUUGAGUUAUCGAGAAUUACGGAUAUUGAAACACCAAGUUAUUCAGAGGAUACAUUUUCAAAAGAGGAUGUUUUUUUUAAUGCCAGUAAUGCUGCUUUAAGUACUGCACCCGUUAUACCGACUAGUUCACAGUACGGACUUGCCAUAGUACCGUCCGAAGGUGGUAAUGUUAAUAAUUCAACAAACGACACCAAUAUUAACACACUUGACAUUGCAUCUGUUACUGAUAAUAAUAUUAUUAAUUUGUUGUCGAGUACCGCUAAACAGGACACGGAUAUCCGGGAGGUACACUCACAUGGACGUAAUGAAAGAUUUAAAGUUGUCAAAAUCGAAAGCACGGAACCAUUCAAACGGGGCCGAUGGACGUGCAUGGACUACCUUGACCACACCAAUUCUGUUAAUCAGUCAAAUGCCAUUGGUACACCAAAAGUAUCCGAUCCAAAUGAAGUAUGUAUAUCAUAUGGCGUCACGGACGGUGGAAUUAUUGCGUUAGAUCCGUCAAAGUCUUUGACUUCUGAAGACAACGGCAUCAUAAACGUCGAUAUGAAUGGUCAUGCGACCCAUCAAGAUAUUAUUACCUCGAUGAUUUCAAGUACAGCUGCUGCUGCUUCUGCUUCUUCUUCUUCUUCGACUGCUGCUACAGCUGCUGGUUAUCCUGUUAGUAAUAAUUCGUUACCUCAGAGUGUGCAGCGCAAUGUACCACCGGUUCAAACCCAACCGCAGGUUCAACAGCCUACUCAGAUACCCCAAUACUUCCAAUCAUCACCACAACAACAACAGCAACAGCAACAACAAUUAGCUUCUCAACAACACCAACACCAGCCACAAGGUGGACAGCAACAAGGUUCGACGUUACCAGCAAAUUUACAAAAUACACAUCCUAAUAAUUUGGGACAGCCUCAAAGUAUGCCUCAAGGCUCUAUUCCUAUUAUUACUCAGACUAAUAAUAACAAUGUGACGCCACAACAAAAUAUAAGUCACACGAAGGAGGAUAAUACGUAUGUAACAGUAAGCUCACAAAAUCAAUCCAUGCCAGGUCAAAAUGUUUGUCAAUCGUCAGUACAAUCAUCAGCAUCAAGUUCUCAGGCAUCCAAUAUCCUUGUUGCGCAACAUCAGCCUCAACAACAACAACCUCAGCCUCAACAGCAGCAGCAGCCACCACAACAACAACAAGGAUUACAAGCCCCGACAUCAAUGACUCAAAUUUCCGAGCCAAUGAACACGUUGCAGAACAUGCAAGGUAUGCAGAGUAUCCAUAAUGUCCCUCAGUCAGGUGGACAGCAACCAACUUCAACGAUUCAUGUUCCUGGUGGUCCUCUUCCCAAUCAAGUUAUUGCUCCUACGUCAAUGCAACAACAGCAGCAGCAACAACAGUCACAACCAACGGGUGGUGCUAAUACUCAGGUACAGAUGACCCAAGUGUCUGGCAACUGUCAAAAUGUUGUCAGUGGAAUUCAACAGCAGCAGCAGCAGCAGCAGCAGCAGCAAGGUUCUAUGGGCUUUCAUCAACCCGACAUAGAGCUGGACUCAAUGUCGGGAGGACUAAGUAAUGCCGGCAGUAGUCAAUUAGCGGACGCGGCGCUCCUUGAAUGCCUUGCUGAGGUAACACAGACCUAUGAUGACCAUCAUACACUCGAAGACAAUGAAAGUAUGCCGGGGACAAGUGCUGUAGCUAUUGAUAACAAGAUUGAACAAGCUAUGGAUUUGGUAAAAAGUCAUCUGAUGUUUGCUGUAAGAGAAGAAGUUGAAGUAUUGAAAGAAAAAAUAGCCGAGUUAAUGGAUCGUAUAAAUCAGCUCGAGGCUGAAAAUUCAAUUUUAAGAGCACAUGCGACUCCCGAAACACUGGCUCAAUUGAGCCAAUCGACAACCAAAUUACCCCAAAAUAACAAUCCAGCAAGUGGUCAAUAGGUAAUCAUCCGAUGUAAAUAAUAUAAGUUUCUAUCAAUACUUCGUCUCAUAAUUGAUAAUAUAAUUAUUGUAUAUAACUUUACGAUUUUUAGAAAUUUAUAAAUAAUGAGAUUUAUUAUAUUAUACAUAUUAGUAUUAGCGAAAAAAAAGAAAAAAAAAUGAAAAUGAAAAAGAAAAGCAACAUUUUUUUUUUUUUUUUUUUAAACUAAGUAAAUUAAAAGUUAUAGAUUAUUUUUUACUAUUGCAGUUUAUUUAAUUCAAUUAAAUAUAUACGUAUAUGUAUGUAUAUUUUAUAAGUAUAUAUUUAAUUGGAAAAUAUUACUUUUCUCAAACAACUAUAAUGGCUCGACACGCUUCAUUUUACAAUUAUACUUAAAAUUAUUAUUAUUAUUUUUUAAAAAUUCAUUGGGGCCUGAAAUAAUUUAAUGGAAUUUUAACAGACAUACACAUAUACACACAUACAUACAUACAUACGAAAAAAAAUAAAAUAAAUGUCAGGGACGCAUUCGUGAGUGAAAA